AUUAAAUUUUUUUAAAUAAGAUGAAUAAUCAAAUAUGAAUCAUAGAAGUCAAAAAAAUACAAUUAUUUGUGGGAUGGAGGGAGUAGCUGCUUGCACAUAGUGUACACUCUUACUUAAAAUAAUGGAUCGUCAGCCUGCUGCAGCCUCUGAUGUGAUCCUUGUUCGCUUGAGUAGCCAACAGUACAUUCUCCCACGGCUUAUGAGCCAAACAAACCACAAAUCACAUGAUUGAACGCCGGCAGGGAGUCGGGACCGUGGAAUCUUCAGGCAUCUUGACGAAAGCCCUUUGGCACGCAGCCGCCAUUGCAGACCAAAGAGGAAAGAAAUCUUCCAGCCAGGGUAUGCUGGUCCAACUCAACGAUUCUGUAGCUGCGCCGUGCAUCGACUGGCGUUUCCAAACCAUCCAACGCCAAAUUUCGCAAGCAUGCAUACUCCCUGUGCUAACAAGGCUCCAAUUCUAGCACUAAUUCCGCUAUGCCUCUCUCCCUACUACCCUUUGUGUUCAUCUUCUUCCCGCUCAGCAUCCUGGAAGUGCACUCAUCUGCUUCAGCUCCUGCUCCUGGAAGGGACACCAACACCAUGUUGCCUGGCCAAACGCUUGCCGGCAGCGACAAGCUCGUCUGCAGCACCGGCAAGUACGCGCUUGGCUUCUUCCAAUCCCAAACCCGAACCAGCGGUAACUCCAGCUGCUGCUACUACCUGGGCAUAUGGAUCAACAGAGUCCCCACCAUAACUCCCGUGUGGGUCGCAAACGAGGACGAUCCGAUCGCUGAUCUCACCACGGCGGUGCUCACAAUGUCCCCGGCGGACGGCAACCUUACCGUCCUGAACCGCACCACCAAAUCCAUCAUCUGGUCCACGUCCACCCAAGCCAACACCACAACCAACGGCACGAUCGCGACGCUGACAGACGGUGGGAACCUCGUCGUGCGGAGAUCUUGGAGCCCCUCCGGCGACGUCCUGUGGCAAAGCUUCGACCACCCGACGAAUAGCCUCCUCCCCGGCGCGAAGCUCGGCAGGGACAAGGUCACCGGCCUCAACCGCCGUCUUGUCUCCAGGAAGAACUCGGCUGACCAGGCUCCUGGCGCCUACGCGUUGGAGCUGGACCCGACUGGUGCUGCUCAGUUCAUCCUCGUUGAGCAGAAUUCCGGAGUGACGUAUUGGUCAAGCGGCGAAUGGAACGGCCGAUUCUUCGACGCUAUACCAGAUAUGGGUGCCUAUUCUGAAUUCGUCGACAACAACAGAGAGGUGUAUCUUGUGACCCCCUUGCGAGAUGACAACAUGGUCAUGCGCCUUUCGCUGGAGGUUUCUGGUCAACUCAAGGCGUUCAUAUGGUACGAGCAGUUGCAGGAUUGGGUAAUUUCUGCUGUCCAGCCGAAAUCUCAGUGUGAUGUCUAUGCAGUCUGUGGAUCUUAUUCAGUUUGCAACGACAAUGUAAGCCCCUCUUGCGACUGUAUGAAGGGCUUCUCCAUCAAGUCGCUUGAGGAUUGGGAGCUACUAGAGGAUCGAAGAGGAGGGUGCAUCAGGAAUUCUCCAUUGGAUUGCAGUGACAAGAAAACAACAGAUGGAUUCUACUCCGUUCCAUGCUCCGGAAUGCCCUCGAAUGCUCAGAGCUUAACUGUUGUUACUAAUGAAGGUGAGUGUGCAAAGGUUUGCUUAAGUAAUUGCUCAUGCACUGCAUAUUCCUUCAGUGAUGACCAUGGCUGCUAUGUCUGGCACGAUGAACUGUUUAAUGUCAGGCAACAACAGUAUAGUGACCUUACUACUACGAAGGCGGAAUUUCUGAAAGUUCGACUUGCUGCAAAAGAGCUGAGGAUUUGGGAAAACCACAGAAGGAAAAUGCUGGCUUGGGUUGUUACCAGUGCAACUAUGCUGGCUUUGUUUGGACUUGUCCUGCUGCUGAUGAUUUGGAGGAAACGAACGAUGCGAUAUUGUCGCGUGUCGAACAGUGUACAGGGUGGCAACGGAAUUGUUGUAUUUAGAUACACUGACUUGCAGCAGGCAACAAAAGGUUUCUCAUCCAUACUAGGGAGCGGUGGUUUCGGCUCUGUUUACAAGGGGGUUUUACCUGACGGAUCCAUCAUAGCAGUGAAAAUGCUUGACGGCCUUCGUCAAGGGGAGAAACAAUUCAGAGCUGAAGUGAGCUCAGUCGGUAUGAUCCAACAUGUUAAUUUAGUUAAACUGGUUGGUUUCUGUUGUGAGGGAAAUAAGAGAUUGCUAGUCUACGAGUACUUGCCUUACGGUUCUCUUGAUGUUCAUCUAUAUCAGAACAGUGCCACAUUUCUGAACUGGAGAAACAGGUAUCAAAUUGCCCUUGGAGUUGCAAGAGGACUGGCAUACUUGCAUGAGAGCUGUCAGGAAUAUAUCAUACAUUGUGAUAUUAAGCCAGAAAACAUACUUCUUGAUGCAUCAUUCGCGCCUAAAAUUGCAGACUUUGGGAUGGCAAAAUUGGUACAAAGAAAUUUUAGCGGAGUCUUGACGACGAUGAGAGGAACUGUAGGUUAUCUUGCACCUGAAUGGCUUAGCGGAGUCGCUAUUACAACAAAAGUUGAUGUUUAUAGCUACGGGAUGGUGCUAUUGGAAAUUAUAUCAGGAAGGAGAAACACAUACAAACAGUGCACUAGUUGUGGUCACAAUGAUGCUUAUUUUCCUCUGCAAGUUGCCAAUAAUCUUCUCAAGGGUGAUGUGCAGAGUUUGGUGGAUCCUAAGUUGUCAGGGAAUGCCAAUAUGGAAGAGGUUGAACGAGCUUGCAGAGCUGCUUGUUGGUGCAUCCAAGACAAGGAGUCCGAUCGACCGGCAAUGGGUGAGAUUGUUCAGAUUCUAGAGGGUCUACGUGAGGUCGAUGUGCCUCCACUCCCAAAGAUACUCCAAGCUGUUGCAGGAAGCCCUCUAUCAACUAGUUUGUAAAUUGCAUUCUUUUGGCCGAAAUAUGUAAGUUUCUUAGAGCUCUUACUUCUUAUUAAGAGGUAAUACCGAUCACAUUAACAUAUAAUAUCUCUAGAUAAGAGGAAUAUUUUUCUUAUGAAGACAAAACAUUGUUUCCUACACCUAGAAUAUCAUCUUUGCUCCAUAAAAAAUGUUCAAUCAUUAUGAGAUAUAUGCCCAUUAACAAAAUUUCAUCUAAAUAUAUCCAUGUGAGAUCUUGUUUUGAAGGAUUUAAAGUAAGAAACAUGAUGAAUAUAAUCAGAAUUCAAUUUAGAUAUUUAGUUCAGUAGUUAACACUUUUUUUAGUUUACAGAAAAGUAUGAUGGUUUCGUAUCAUGGGAACAGGUCUAUUUGUUUGCCUAAACUAGGGUGGCCAGAGCGUACCAGCCGGGCGUGGCCAACACUAGAUAGGCCCAAACGGUGCAAUUGCAUGUACAAACAUGUAUGACUACCCUGCAUCACAAACAUGAUAGCCUUACCACCCUCACCUCCCUUUUCCUCACCUCAUUGCCAUUUCAUCGAGCACCUCAGUGGUGUGAAAUGCCAAUGAUGCCUUCUUUCUCUAUGGUGGUGGUGCUACUGGCUACUGUUGUUGCCGUGAUUGAACAUCGACGCAAAGAGAGGCGAGGUGCUUGAACAUCAACGUGAAGAGAGGAAAACCAAAGGCGUCCAAGAUGACAUGGUGGUGGUGGGCGGCCGCGCAAAGAGGGUGUGAAGGGAGGCAGGGAUGGAGAAGCACCAUGGUGGUGGUGUUGCUGGCUGCUCUUGUUGCCAUGACGCCGUGCGAGUAAAGGUCGCCACGCUAGGGCUUGGCCACUCUGCAGGGAAGGGGCCCUGCCCUGGGGCAGGACUGUUGCUCUAGGUCGCCGUGCUAGUGCAGAGCGGCCGUGCCGGGGCAGGGUAGCCGUUACAGGGCCAGCUUGCCAGUAGGGGCAAGGCAGGAGUUAGGCGGGCUGCCGCGAGGCAUGGCUCUCGCACUGUCAUGACCUAGUCCUAACACUCUUGUGAGCAUCAACAUCAUGUCAUGAGCAUUCUUGCUUUUGAAAUCAAAUAGUUAGAAACUAAACUCUGCACUCAAACUGCCCACUGUUGGAUUGACGGAUGAUUCGCUAACUCCAUAGACUAUCCACCAGUCCAUCUGCACGCGCUAACAAGUUUAGACUCUGUCAGUUAGUAACCUGACACCACCGAAGAGUCCACCGUCAUGAUGGUCUGUCUGAUAGGAUCGUCCCAUGCAGAAAUGAGAGGUGUCACUUUGGGAAUCACUUGGUCCCACACAUCACUACAGUUGUCCAUUUUGUGGAGGCACCAAGGUAGAGAGCUCACCAACUUACUCACUCACUCUCACACUCCCACUCUCUCUCUAGUCCAUCUCUCUCUCUACUCUCACACUCAAAGCAAGGAAGAGGUGAAGGGAAGGAGGAGAAAGGACAAGGGAUAGGAGCUUGGAGGCAACAUGAGAUGGCCAUGGAGAUCACCUAGAGGCUGUCGUCCACAGGAGGUAGGGGUUAGAAGGGGGAGGAGCCCUCUUAUCCUUGCCAUAUAGAGAUAGGAGGAGGAGGCAAGAAGAAGAAGGUUUUGAAUCACCAAGGAGGAGAUCAUCCGACUACUCCAUCACCUAGGAGAUCUUGGUACCUUGUUGUUGCAGCCCUUGGUAAGAAUCUAACCAAGCCAAACCUAGGAUCACAUCUUUAAGAGCCAAAACCUAGGAAAUAUCAAUUUGUGGCCUAGAGUUAGUUUGCACCCGAUGUAGCUAGAAC